CCAAAAGACUGACUUUGACAGACUUGCUGUUUGGAUCAGUUUCUACUAUUAUCAACGCGCUUUGGACAUAGUCUUCGAAUCGAUUCAGCAUCAAUAGCACUGUUCACUACAAACAACAUUGUUUUAGGAUCUGCCCCAUUUCGACGGGUGAGAAGGUUUUGCAGUAUGAGAAAUCAGCGCCUGCUACAAUUGAUCACACUAGCUCUUCUCAUCCUCCCAAACUCAAGCGAGGACGAUUGGAGCAUUCCGCUUUUCAAAUUCCUAUACAACUGCCGUGAACAUGGGAAUGCGAUUGUGUGGAGGGCGGGCAACAGCUGGGAGGUGCAAACUUACAACCGCAGCGCAGCCUCGAAUUGCUCCAGGAUGAUAAACGGCGUGGAAUUCAUAGCCAUGAGCUUUGAUGGAGAGGGUGUUUUCAAGACCACAGGAUGGUAUGGGUACCAAAACUGGGUUAUGAUGGGUCAUUUUAACAAAGUGGGCAAUUAUGUCCAGUUUGCAUAAUUAUUAGAAAAUUAUCUGA